UGAAUUGGGUCAAAGAAUGAGUUCCGUUGCGUCACAUCCUCCGUACAUAUUUCAAGGGAAAAUAUGGUGGUUCCUUGUGUAGAGUUUGACAGUUAUGUGUGGAAGUUGCAGCUAAGGGUGCUUGUGAUUGUUAGCAUAACAGGUGCUUAUGGCAUCCUUCCUGAAGCCAGCCAGGAAGGAAUGUUACAUCCAUAUAAGAGUUAUGCUGACGUGACAUUGUUUCAUUACACUGUGCCACCAGAAGUUAGAGUAGCAACAUGGGAAUUUGCGGCUUUCAUGGAUAAUCCAAAAUGCCCAAUUAAAGACGUUCAUAUCUACAUUCAACAUGGCAGUUAUCCUGUGAUGAGUCCUGAUAAUUCGAGCUUCCCACCGAACGUAUACACAGGAAGGACCUCGCUGCAUUACAUCACAACCAAGUCAGCAUAUCAGCCACAUGAUGCUACCAUUUUCCCCGUGUACAACCCUCUCCCUGGGAACUGGUUUGUGGCAGCUUAUAUUUCGCAUUGGGACCAACAUGUGCGGCAAGAGGGAUUGGGUCACAAAUGCCACUACAGCCUUGGAUCAGUGGCUCUCUGGUCUCAGGUUAUGGGGAUUCCUGUUGUGAGCCCUGGUGUACCCAAGACUGUUGUUACUAUAGAUAAUUUUUCGUAUUACAAGAUUUUCAUUCCUGCUGGUACAUGGCACUUCACAGUAAAGAUUUCCAACUGCGAGUUUCGUGUGAAUUCAGUGACAUUGUUUAACAACAGCAGUGACACGAUGCCAGACUGCAUUCAGAGUCUGGCUUUGCAUGCUCGAGCCUUGCCCACCUUCAAUCCCAGGAUUGUUAUUGGAAACCUCAGCACUGAGUCUGAAUUUACAUUCACUGAAACUGAGCCAUUCACUGAUGGUUAUUAUUAUCUGUUAGUAGUGUCGGAGUCUCAAGUCAGUUUUAACGUGGCUGUAACGACAACAGAAUGCAGUGUUCAAGCACUAGGCAGAAGUUUUGCAAAGCAAUUGGCUCAAAUGACGGAAUCUCUUACUCAGUCAGUGAUGAUAAGACAUAGCAACAAUACAGUGAAAUCAGACUGGGCAAGCACUAUUGUGUUUGCAAAUAGCAGCAAAGUCCAUGACCUUGGCUCUUUGGCUGGCACAAACAUUCCUCAGUAUAAAUCAGAAGCUGAAGAAGAUGCGGAUACCACUAAUGACCCUUGUCUCCCAACAUUCCAAUUGGCUCGUAUUAAACAUGCACAGGACUUUGCAGACACAUUCCUUUUACAGGGUCGAGAAUGGUAUGCAACUUGGGUAGCAUUAACAGACCUAUACCCAGUGAUUGUACAGUUAGAAAUACUGCCAUUUGUUGAUAUUGGUGGAACAUUAAAUAUUAAUAUCCAUUUGGAUGAAUUAUUAAUACCUAUCAAGAAUGCAAGUAGUCAAUAUCUAACAGUUACAGCUUGCAUUAGGAAGGGACGGGUUCCUUCUCGUAACAAUGGUAAUAUUGAGUGCCCUCCUGAGCUUAUGCUGAGCAUUUCGUCCGAAGGUUUAGCAACAGCGGAUGCUACAAAACUUGUGCCAUAUCCUGAGCCCGAUAUGUGGUUCAUUGCAUUCCAAGCAAAAUGUAUAUAUAACAGUUCUGUUGUGCCAUGUCCUGUACAGGAAGUAAUGGUAUCAUUGGAUAUUCGGACACAGCCAUGUGUGUUUGCUGGUGAGCCUUGUGGCCUCAAAGGAAUCUGCCAGGAGACUCAUAAAGGUCUCCAUUUUUUUACGUCAUGCACCUGCUUGGGAGGUUAUAAAGGUUGGGGCUGUACCGAUGGCAGUAAAGCCACACCAGAGAGCCUGUUGCUACUCACUACAUUACUUCUCACGCUCAGCAAUGUGUUCUUCCUUCCGGCUGUGUUGCUUGCUGUACGUCGACACUUGCUUACUGAAGCAUUUAUAUAUUUGGCCACAAUGAUCUUCUCCACUUUUUAUCAUGCCUGUGACCAGGAUUUCUACACGUACUGUGUCACAAAAUAUGAGGUUUUGCAGUUCUGUGAUUUCUUCUGCUCCAUCCUCGCCUUCUGGGUGACACUAAUAGCAAUAGCUGGUAUCCCUCCACGAGCAGCCUCUACUUUACACAUGGUUGGUGUUCUCAUCAUUGCUGUUGGAGUUGAGUACAACCGUACAGGCCUCUUAGUGUUCAUCAUUCCCUUUGGGUUAGGAGUUGUUAUACCGGUGGCAGCAUGGAGCAUACGCUGUUGUCGCCAGCGAACGUGCAUCCACCUGCAACGUUCACUGGUGCUGCUUCUUCUGCCAGGAGUUCUACUAGCGGCUAUUGGUCUCAUUCUCUUUGCAUUCAUCGAGACUGAGGCCAAUUACCAGUAUGUACACAGUGCAUGGCAUAUUGUGAUUGCCCUGUCCCUGGUAUUUUUACUGCCAAGGAGAUGCAGCCGACAACAAUACGGGUCAUGUCAAGGAUCAAAUGAAUCAGAGCUCUUUGAUGUCAAUGAUUACUAUUCAGCAAGUCCUGUAUUUGUUGUCACUUCAGAUCUCGACAAUUUAUUGACCACUCAGUCAUGAGAGUGAACAUGUGUUUUCAUAUUACAUAAUCAUAGUUUUAUUACCUCAGUUUGAGAUAUAUAUAUUGUGUGUUUGUAUGUAUGCAUAGUUUGUUAAUAGUAUAUUCUUUGGUAUGUAUGUUAUAUUGUGAAGAAAUUAUUUAUUAUAUGACAGUGAGUGUAUUGUAAUACCAAUUUUUGUGCCAUUUUGAAAUUACAUGACAAACUAUGUAUCUCAAGUCAGGUGUUGGCUUCGCUAUUGGAUUGUGUUUGAAACUAUAUUUUAUGAAGUCUCAGAUAGAAGGAAUUGGCCAAUUUCUGACAGCCAUGUUUCUUGUGAAAUCUAUGUUUGUAUUGUGAAAAUUGGUAUAAAAUGUUUAUUCUUGUGGUCUGUUUUCUUGUCCUUAGUAGAAUGUCUUUUCUCAUAAAUGUCAGCAGUUUAACUGGCUUCAUGCUCUUGAGGCAUAAGGCAACCAGUGAAAAUAUUUUACUGUUAGUAAGUACAAAUAAGUUGUUCAUAUAUUUUUACAUUUUUCAAAUAUAACUUUUUUUGAGUAAUAUUCACCAAAGUUGCAGAUAGAGAAUUUUUGUUUCUCUUGUGUCACAUGACCCAUAGUGCUGAAGUUUCUUUUUCCCCCACUACACGAAACUAAUUGUCAAAAUAGACCAUCUUUAAGUCUCAUGUGCCAUGUUUAGAUUUUCUGAAGUGUGAAAUUUUAAUAUUAUAUUAUCUUUCAUUGCAUUUCAUCCUAACAUGUAGAUUUCAUUAUGGAAUGCUGAUGGAUUUAUUACUAUCUUAACUCAGUAAUUGCGAUGAAGUUUGAAAUACAUGUAAUUGAUGACCUUCAUUUUAUAUUUGAAUAUUAAAGCAAAAUUAUAUUGCAUUUUUAUGCUAGCGUACAAUGCAAAGUGUUUUUCUAAAUGUUGCAUUUUUUUCUUGUGUCUUGUUUAUCAAAGUUGACUUCAGAUUUUGUAAAAAAGUUGAAGUCUUCAGAGCAUGUUAUAACUGGCAGUAUUCUUGUGGUUAUGGGUUCAAGUCCUGUUCAUGUUUUACAUGUUUUAUGCUCAUCAUCUCAACAAAUUUUCUUUGGCUUAUCAGUAACAGAACCUCUCAGCUAAUCUGGUAGAAGAUACUAUGUUAAAACAAGAACUGACAUUAAUAUUGGUAUGUAUACAGUAACUCAUUUGGAACAUUAAAGCAAAUAACAUAUUUACACACCUUUUACCGUUAUAGGUGCAUUGAAACAUGUCCAUAUUGGUGGUCAGUUUUACAGUUUGAACUGAUUUUGUGUCAUUCAUUUUAUGUCCUAAAAAAUGAAGCGAAGUGUGUCACUAAAGUGUACUCAAACGUGUACAUAAUUUUUAAAAAUGUAUGUCACACAAACCACGGUAUUAUAUGGGUCAUCCAGAAAUUAAUGACUCUUUGUGCAUAGCAUUUGGCAAGUCAGUGAAUUACAUCAUUUUAAGGUUAAUGGGCCUCACUAGUCUUUCACUGACAAACCAAGUGAAUGCGGCACUGAUUCUAUCAUUUUGGAAUCUUUUGUAUUAUUUAAAUUCAAUAAGAAAAUCAGGAAUGUCACUGAUUGGGCAGUGCAAGCUGUAAUCCGGUUUUGAAUGCACAAAAUGACCGUCCAAUUGAAAUUUACUGUCAAUUUAUUGCAUUGUAUGGGGAAGGUGAAAUGAAUGACUCAAAUGUGAGAAAUUGGUGUAAAAUUUUUAAUAAGGGCAGGCAAACCUUCACGAUGAGCUAUCCACAUGCCCAUUGCAUCAUUCACUUGGCUUGUUACUGAAAGACCCAUUAACCUUGAAAUGGUGCAAUUCGUUGACCUGCCAAGUGCUACACAAACUUUCUGGAUGACCCUCAUAUCGUACAAUUUAUUUUUAAAAAUUUUCAGUUUAAUGCUUGUGUAUGAUUUAAGUUUGGCAAUCUGAUUAUAAACUUUAGCAUAUUAUAUUCACAGAUGGUAUGCACUGCAGCCUUGAAUUUAUGUUCAGUGUGGUAGUUCUUUCUUCUUAGUGUAUUUUGCCAAAGUGUAUUAGAAUGUUGAAGACUGAAAUCAUUCAACUAGAAUAACUGCAUAUAGCAUUAAUAAUUAUUUGACUCUGUAGAGAGCUGGAAGUGAUGUAACAGCUAUCCUGAGGCUACAGAGGGAUGUCCCCCAGAUGGUGGGGAUGACAACAGAUUCUCUGUCUACCAUUUUAUUGCCUUCUGGCUCCCAUUUUCUGUCCCAAAGCAUGUGUCCUAGUGAAGGUUAUCACUGUCAACAUUGACAUGAGCAGAGAGGUUUUCUGAAUGGGGUCAGAAGCAUGACAUCUUGAAUGUGAUGUCUAGGGGCCUCAGUACAGCAGAAUUACUGCUUCUCUCAGCUUCAUUCUGAUAUAUCUUUAUUUCUUUGGUCAUACUUCCAUAUACUGAAGACUGGGCAUGUAAUGAACUAGUUUUGUUCAUGUAUGAUGCAGAAUUGUUUAUAAGUUCCUGAAAUAGCAGCUUUAUAUUUCACUGUAUUAAGAACAAAGACAUGAAGUCACAGGUCAAGGCAAGCUGUAAAGUUAUGUAUUUUUCUUUAUGUGUUUGAAUAUUUGCAAGUGCCAAGCAUGAUGAUUUGAUGAUUAACACUCCAAUUCCAUUAUUAUAUUUAAGCAUCCUGUUACACUCACACAAUAUAUAUGAGACAAACUCCGUCUUAAGUGCAACAAU